AUGUCAAAAGGAAAAUCAUUACCACCAGCAUUGAAGCAAUUGCUAAAAGAGCCGACAUUCCCGGCCAGGACGUCAAAGUUAGCACCCUCGAUCAAAUUACCCGCAGGAAGGGCAGCGGGACCGCUAGGAGCACCAAAAGAAUCCAAGCUGUUUCAAACAUUCCAAACAAUUUCCGAUGAUGCAAACGCAAAAGGAUUAGGAUGGGGAGAAUGGUUGAGUUUUACAACCGCAACGUUAGUCACUUUAAAUUCACCAAACGCAUUACAAUCUUUACAUAGACAUGCAGUAAAUCCUUCAGGAUUAUCGAUAGAAGAUCGUGUUGCAAGAGCAUGUUUGAUGCGUGAAGUUGGAUUGAAAUGUAUCGGAUUUAUUGGUAUUCCAAAAGUGAUUAAUCAAUUGGCUGCUUUACGAGCUGCUGUUGAUGAAGAUGCACAAUUGAAGGAUGCUCUACCGAAAGAGCCGCGCAGAAAAGUCACUGCCAAGGAUACUGAAGCUGUACAAAAGGCUGCUUAUGCUCUUUGGGAUGAUAUCUACACACCAGUGUCAGAUCGAUUGAUUGAUAUUCUAGGUCACUCUCAUCCUGAUUUGCCUGUAUUCAUUGUUGAUGGAGAGUAUGGUCCACUAUUCUCUAUUCCAAGCACGUUCUCCUCUUCUCCUGCAUUAAAGGAAGAGCCUGUUUGGGAAGUCAAUCGAUUACGUACAAGUUUAGUUGCUAUGGCAGGUUUACGUGCACAAGGUGGAGUUGGACCACAAGUUACAAGUCAUGUUUGGGGAUUGUUGAAAGCGUCAAAGAGUAUUGCAGAAAAUGAUCCGAACAAGAAAGGAUUACAAUGGCUCACAACAGAAGAAGGAGCACUUUGGACGGUAAGAAUGAUCGAUCACAUUUGUGAAGCUGUUGAAGGAGGGGCACAAGAAGAAUCCCAACAAGUACAAAGGGAGAGCAAGUUAUAA